ACAGGAUAGACAAUACACGAACAUACACAUCUCUUGCACUCGCUCUCAUAUUGGCUGGAAAUGUCAAAUAAAAAAAGUGUGCUCAGAGCAUAGGUAACUCAUGAUUGGUCUGCGUGUUUUUGUUUUCAGUAAUAGGACAUUUUUGUUGCAAUUCACACACCACGAAUCGUGGUUGAAACGGAGUGAUUAUAGGACACACAGAAGACAAAAAAAAAUUACAUAAAAUUAACGUUGUGCUCAACACGGUGUAAAGUAGUGGUGUGAUAAUGGCGAAAAAUACGUCAUUAGUUUGGCUUGGCUAUGAUGAUGAGCAAAUAACUGAUAAACAAAUUCCAUUUGUUGAUUUUACCACAAACAAAAUUGGUGGAAAGCCCAAUUGGCCAUGUAGUGAAAUUUCGACACCGCCUUGUCCGUUGUGUGGCUUGAUACGACCAUUAGUGCUGCAAAUCUAUGCACCGUUAGAAAAUUCGCAAUUUCAUCGCACAUUUUAUAUAUUUGCAUGUAUGAAUUCGCAAUGCUCAAAUCAAUCAAAAGGUUGGCUGUGCAUACGAACCGAGCAUUUAGAGAAGAUUUUAUCGGAUCGAAAUGGGGCAUUGAAUAAGAAGAAAAAUCAAGCCAGCUCAAUAAAUAUAACGUCAUGGUGCAAUGGUGCGGACGAUUGGGGCGAUGAAUUUGGCGAUGAUGAUACAUUCGAUAAGAACAACAUAAGUAGCAAUCAAAUGCAAUUGGUCGCACAACAGCCACCGCUCGACGACAAUCUGAACGAGCAAAAUGGUAAUACGGUGUGCAAUAAUAUGGUGUUGGCGAAAAAUGAAAAUCGAAACAUGUCCGACGAUGAAGACGAAAGCAAUUCCAUGGACGACCCAAUUCCAAUGUUCAACAAUCUGCAAGUGAUUGAUGAUAAAAAUGCAAACUGUGGCGAGCAACAAGGUGGCGCAAUGGGUUUGCUGAAUUCACCAAGCGCAUCGGCCGAAAUUGAAGGCGAAGAAUCGGAAAUGGUGUGCGUUGACGCGCCCGUUGCACCCGAACGUGAUUUAAUUGCAAUGCUCAAACAAACCAAAGCCAUUCCGCAUGAUAUCAACAAUUUGAUACUGAAAAGUCAUUUUAUCGCUGUGGACGAAGAGAAAAAAUCGUCAAUUGAUCCGAAUAGUACAUUAACCAAUGAUCACAUCCUUGAGCUGUUGCAUAAAUAUCAAGGCGAAGAAGAAAAGCAAAAAGCCAAUCCGAGCAGUCCUUGCAAUUUGGUAACCGGUGGUAUUGUAUCCAUGAAGAGUGAUAACGAUGAGAAAUAUGAAAAAACAAUGCCCGUACAUGGCGAUCUCAUGUUUCACAACUAUUUGGAACGCAUCCAAGAGAAUCCGGGACAAAUCCUUCGAUAUUCGCGUGAUACGUUGCCAUUGCUAAUAUCGCCAUUGGUUGAAGCGUUACCAAAAUGCCAGUAUUGUGGCACCGAAUUGCUGUGUGAAAUUCAAAUUCUACCGACGCUCAUUUCAAAAUUGCAAUUUGUUACCGGUGAACCAUCGCCAAUUGAAUUUGGCAAUGUGCUGGUGUUCACAUGCACAAAAAGUUGCUGGGAUACGCCCGACAAAAUGCGACUCGAACAUGUCAUCGUUCAAAAGGAAAUUUAAAGCGGCUAGCCAAACACGACAUAUAAAAGAAACAAAUACACAUACAUGGUACACCUAUCUUAUUGAUAGCGCAAACGAAAUACCGUGAUGAGAAUGAAAACAGAACAAACAAUUUCUAUUCUAUGCGUCAAUUCACUUUGGAGUUUUAACAUUUGACAACAACAACAAAAAUAUCGUUCCGAUGAUAUAACACAACAACAUCAACAAGAAAACAUAUAAAACUUUCUUCUUUUUUUGUUCGUAUUGUAUAUGAAAAUCCUUUUUUAGCGUGUUUUGCGAUAGAUUCGACUGUCCAAAAGAAAGAAGAUAUAAGUAGAACGUGAUAUAGUAGAUGUAGUUCAUAUUUGAUAUCAGAAAGGGGAAUAUUUAUUUUCUAAGAAAUAUAAGAAAAACUGAUUGAAUAUGACGUUUGUUCAUAUUUGAAAGAUGACGAGAAAGAAAACCAAUUGUGAGUAGGCGAAGAAAAAAAAAAUCAUGCAUUUAUUUUAUAAUGUUGAACUGGCAACGAGGACGAGAUGAACGAAAAGUAAAAGCAGAAGGAAAAAAAAAA